AUUAAGGACACACAUUCGUGCGCCAUAAAUAGCAGACGAGUUCAAGUGUUAGCAAAAUCUAGUUAAGCUUCAAUAAUUUUUAAACGACGUGUAUUACGUUUUGUGAUACUCAAAACCACUCAUAUCAAAAUGGUUUAUAACUUCAAAGUCUUCAAGAAAUGCUCACCCAACGGCAAGGUUACAAUUUAUAUGGGCAAACGUGAUUUUGUCGACCAUGUGUCUGGAGUUGAACCAAUAGAUGGUAUUGUGGUGUUGGAUGACGAAUAUGUUCGCGACCAACGCCGAAUUUUUGGUCAAGUCGUGUGCAGCUUCCGCUAUGGUCGUGAAGAGGAUGAAGUAAUGGGACUGAAUUUCCAAAAGGAGCUCUAUUUGGCAUCGGAACAGAUUUUUCCACAACCGGAGAAAUCGAACAAGGAACAAACUAAGCUGCAGGAUCGUUUGCUGAAGAAACUUGGUCCGAAUGCAUUCCCCUUCACUUUUAACAUCUCACCAAGUGCACCAUCGUCGGUUACGUUGCAACAAGGUGAUAGUGAGCAUGGAGAUCCGUGUGGUGUUUCAUACUAUGUAAAAAUCUUUGCUGGUGAAAACGAGACCGACCGUACCCACCGCCGUAGCACAGUUUCUUUGGGAAUCCGCAAGAUUCAAUUUGCUCCUACCAAGCAAGGCCAGCAACCAUGCACUGUAGUGCGCAAGGACUUCAUGCUGAGCCCUGGUGAAUUAGAGCUAGAAGUAACUCUUGACAAACAGUUAUAUUUGCACGGCGAAAGAAUUGGUGUGAAUCUAUGCAUUCGAAACAAUUCGAACAAGGUGGUUAAAAAAAUUAAGGCAAUGAUUCAACAAGGUGUCGAUGUGGUACUGUUCCAGAAUGGAAGUUACAGAAAUACCGUUGCUUCAAUUGAAACUAGCGAAGGAUGCCCUAUUCAACCGGGCUCUUGUCUACAAAAGGUGAUUUAUUUAACUCCUUUACUGAGUUCCAACAGACAAAAACAAGGUAUUGCUUUGGAUGGUCAAAUUAAACGUCACGAGCAAUGUUUGGCUUCCACAACAUUGUUGGCUCAACCUGAUCAACGGGAUGCAUUUGGAGUUAUUAUUUCUUAUGCAGUCAAAGUUAAAUUGUUUCUUGGCGCGCUUGGUGGCGAACUAUCUGCUGAACUACCAUUUGUUCUAAUGCAUCCUAAGCCUGGUAGCAAGGCCAAAACCAUCAUACAUGCCGACAGCCAAGCGGAUGUCGAGACCUUUCGACAAGAUACAAUUGAUCAACAACAGUCGGUUGAUUUCGACUAAGUAUGCUGAACAAUUGCAACCAUUGAACUGAUUUAAAUGACAACUAGCUGAGGUAACGCAAAACCAAAACGAAUAACACAUACCAUGAAUUUUUGAAUCUGUAUUAAUAUGUUUUGUGUCAUGAUUGGAUUUGUGUGUGUUUACGUUAUUAUUUUCUUUGUUAAAAUAAUCUGAAUUUAUUUAGUCAAAACUUAACAUAACUAGAGCUCUGUAGACGAGAGAACUUACAACGAACUAUGAACGACUAAGACAAACAGUCAUUUGAUUAGAUCUCAACUUGCUGGAAAUAAACCGAAACAUAACUCAAAAAUAAAACACUUGUCUCUCGUCAAAUCCUACUGGUGAUAAUUAUAUGGAACAAAAUGUAAAAAAAACUAAAGCACUGAAUAAAAGAAAACUAUAU